GAAGAUUAACCCAGGUAAACACAGCGUCCUAUUGGCCUGCCGCAAAUCAUUAGUCACAGCAUCUGAUAAUUACCUGUUCGCACGAAACCGCUUGGCUGACCUUUGAGAACGAUUUUGACGAGAGUAUCUGCCACUUUGUCUACAUUAACACACAUUAACGGCCAUGAAGCCAGUGAAACUUCACGUGGUUCGUGUGUCCCCGUGUUGUCGUGUUGUAUGGCUUUAUCUGCUACAGAACGAAAUCCCAUUCGAAUUGAAGGACGUUGAUAUAUUUAGUCGUGUCUCGGACGGCAAUUCGCAUAUUGUCUUGGCCGAUGAGGACCAUCGGCGUUUACCCGUCUUAGAAGACGAAGAUAGAUGUGUUGUGGGAGUCGUGGCAUGUCUUCGAUAUCUCGAAACGAAGUUCACUAAAAGUCGCAAGGGAUGGAUUAGUGAUCCUCAGAUUAAGUCAAGAAUGUACAGCAUUUUAGAAUGGGCCGCUGCUGAACUUCACAGUAUCAUUGGCUACCAGCUUGUCUACCCACAAUUCCUAAGCGGCGUUGAGCAAACGGAGACCAAUAUUAGCGCAGCGACGCGAAAAGUCGUCGACAUUUUGGAAUCGACCGAAAAAAAGUACUUCGGACACGGUUCGAAGUUUCUGUGCGGUGAGAAAUUGACCGUGGUUGAUCUCUAUGUGGCGACGAUCGUUUUGCAACUGGAGUGGGUCGAGAGCGUGGAUAUGAAACUUUGGCCAAAGUUGAACAAAUGGUUGAAGGAAGUUCGUAAACAGAAACAUUGGGACACGGUUCACGCAAAGCAUAGAGAAUUUGUCGAGUCACUGAAGAAUGUUCCUCUUGAAUCAACGUAGAGGGACGAUAGCAUUGAAUAUAGUGCUGCAGAUAAUUAUAUGUAAACGAGCAAGUUUAUUUGUGUAAGAUUACUAAGAUAGGUAGGUUAGAGCUCGUUGGAGGUCGUUAGAGCUCGCUGGAGGUCGUAUCGAACUCAACUAGUGAACUAGAGUAUAUUGUCGUGAGAAUGACUAACUGUAGAUUCCUACUAAUAUCCAAGCACGGCUCAACGAACCCCUUGAAAAGUCUUUCAAACGAUUUAGAGUGCAAAAUGUUCAGGGGUGGUUAAUCAAGCAUACAAACAUAGCGUAGAAAAUCCUGAUGCGAUAAAUAUUUCUGCAAUUCAGAUAUCAUGUUAACCCUGGUUUGUUCUAACUCUGGUAUUUUAUUGAAGUGCUGUGAAAGUUGAUCCGAAUUCCGAAAUAAAUAAUAAUUUCAACCA